AACCGAGUUUAGUCGGUGGACUUUGACUCGCUAAGUAUCGGACCGGACCACAUCUUUUUUCCCCAAACAGUCAACACCCAAUGCGCGCAAUUCCUUCUCCUCACAGUUGAGGAUUCGAGAUUAGAUUACUACUUAUUUAGAUUUUCUAGAGAGAGAAAAAACGCACCACACACACACUAACGGUGAGAGAGAAGUGAACAGCAAAAUGUCCUUACUAGUAGUACUCCUCCACAAACCAUAAUCGGACAUGUGUGUUUCCACCCAAUCCCUACCACCUCCACCAAUGCCCUUCUCCCGCCGCCGCUGAUUACUCUCAUUCAUCCGCCAUGUCCGGCGACUCCUUUUACUGCGACGAGGAACUAGACGCCGCCGAUUUCCUCAGAUCCGGCGCCGACGAAACCUCGUCUCCGCCUCCCCAACAAUAUUGUUCCGAUGAAUCUUCAUUAUUCAUCGCCCGACUUCUGGAUUCGGAGCCCCACCACAUGCCCCGACCCGAUUACAUCCGUCUCUGCCGAAAUCGAUCCGCUCAUCUCACCUCUCGCCAGGACUCCAUCAACUCUAUCCUCAAGGUUCACGCGCAUUUUCAAUUCAAGCCUGUAACGGCGUUCCUCUCCGUCAACUACUUCGACCGUUUCCUCUCGUCGCACACACUUCCGUUAACUGGAUGGCCGUUUCAGCUUCUGUCAGUGGCGUGCCUCUCACUAGCGGCGAAGAUGGAGGAAUUGUACGUCCCGUGGCUUUUGGAUUUGCAAUCGCUCGAGUUCAAGUUCGUUUUUGAGCCCAAAACGGUACAGAGAAUGGAGCUUUUGGUUAUGGCGACUCUCGACUGGAGACUACGCUCCGUUACUCCGUUUGAUUACCUCCGUUACUUUAUCUCCCUUCUCCCCUCCGACUCCGAUUCGUUUCCCACCGUUCACUCCGCCGCUUCAGAUAUCAUCGUCAACACCACCCGUGUGGUGGAUUUUUUGGUAUUUCCGCCGUCGGUGAUUGCAGCGGCCGCCGUGAUUUCCGCCGCCGGCGAGGGUGUGAAUUUGGCUGAUACCUUCGAUGAGAGAAUAAGCAGAGAACAGGUGAGAAGCUGUCAUCAACUAAUGGAGGAAUACCUGUUGGACACGUGUCCCUCCGACGGAAAUAAAUUCAUGCGCAUCGAGCCCCACGCGCCGCCGAGUCCGAUGGGAGUCCUCGAUGCGGCGGCUUGUGUUAGCUGUGAUACCCACUCCGAAAAUCCAGCCUCGGUUCCCGGCUCGAGCUCUACCGAAGCCGAGCCAGAUAUCAAGCGGAUUAGAUUAUCUACACCGGAUGUACAGGAAUCGUAAACUAUAGAUAAGCAUUAAGUAUUAUUUUUUUUUUUCUUCCUGAAAAUCCGAACCCCUUUUUUGAAAUUUUAUUUAUUAAUUAAGGGUAAAAAAGGAAAUGUUGCCAUUGUUCCUUGUUAUGUUUUCUUUUUUAAUCAGUAAAUGAAAUUGCAUUAAAAA